AUGUUCCAACCGCAGCGCUCCCUCACGCCGGGCACAGCCAACCGCAGCGCUCCCUCACGCCGGGCACAGCCAACCACAGCGCUCCCUCACGGCAGGCACAGCCAACCGCGGCGCUCCCUCACGCCGGGCACAGCCAACCACAGCGCUCCCUCACGCCGGGCACAGCCAACCGCAGCGCUCCCUCACGCCGGGCACAGCCAACCGCGGCGCUCCCUCACGCCGGGCACAGCCAACCGCGGCGCUCCCUCACGCCGGGCACAGCCAACCGCGGCGCUCCCUCACGCCGGGCACAGCCAACCGCAGCGCUCCCUCACGCCGGGCACAGCCAACCGCAGCGCUCCUUCACGCCGGGCACAGCCAACCGCGCCGCUCCUUCACGCCGGGCACAGCCAACCACAGCUCUCCCUCACGCCGGGCACAGCCAACCACAGCUCUCCCUCACGCCGGGCACAGCCAACCACAGCUCUCCCUCACGCCGGGCACAGUCAACCGCAGCGCUCCCUCGAGCCGGGCACAGUCAACCACAGCUCUCCCUCACGCCGGGCACAGCCAACCACAGCUCUCCCUCACGCCGGGCACAGCCAACCGCAGCGCUCCCUCACGCCGGGCACAGGCAACCACGGCGCUCCCUCACGCCGGGCACAGGCAACCACGGCGCUCCCUCUAUAAUACUAUAAUUGCUGUAUUUCUCCUCUCGCUCGUUCUCUGCCUCUCCUACUGCUCUAACCUGUGUCCCCCGAGUCCUGAGCAGUCCUGAUUAUCUCUCAGUAGACAGAAUACACAGAACGUAUCCAAUCAGCAACCACGAAUAAAACAUUACAGUUUUAUCACCAGAACCAGAGAGCGCUGUUAUUUUCUUAACAGGGAAUUAGCAAACUGAAAUUAAAGAGUUUUAUCUUCUGUUAAAAGUAAAGAACAGCGGGUGGGCGGGGUUUUGGGGUGGAGAGGGAGGAGCAGGGCGGGGGAAGGAGGACGGGGAGUCUGCUCUCCUACAGACCUCUGUACUGCGGGGCUGUGCUUCACUCAGAGCGAUCACUCCUCUGAUACUGCAGCACCGAAAAAUCACCAAAAUAUCACCAUCCAUCUAACAAUCUAUCAAACAGAACAGAUCCAUAAAAUACUGAGAACCACUGCAUCCCUACUGUACACACACACACACAAUACACACACACACACACACUCUAUACACACACACUCUACACACACAAUAUACACACACACAGUAGAGUAGAGCAGAGCAGAGUAUAGUGUAGUGUAGAGUGUAGUGUAGAGCAGAGUAUAGUGUAGAGUAGAGUAUAGUAUAGUGUACAGUAUAGUGUAGUGUAGAGCAGAGUGUAGUGUAGUGUAGAGUGUAGUGUAGAGUAGUGUAGUGUAGAGUGUAGUGUAGAGUAGUGUAGUGUUGUAGUGUAGAGUAUAGUAUAGUGUACAGUAUAGUGUAGUGUAGAGUAUAGUAUAGUGUACAGUACAGUGUAGUGUAGAGCAGAGUGUAGUGUAGAGUAGUAUAGUGUAGAGUGUAGUGUAGUGUGUGGAGUAUAGUGUAGUGUAGUAGAGUGUAGUGUAGAGUAUCGUGUAGAGUGUAGUGUAGUGUGUGUAGUAGAGUGUAGUGUAGUGUAGUAGAGUGUAGUGUACUGUAGAGUAUAGUGUAGAGUGUAGUGUGUGUAGUAGAGUAGAGUGUAGUGUAGUGUAGUAGUGUAGUGUAGAGUAUAGUGUAGAGUGUAGUGUAGUGUGUAGAGUAGAGUGUAGUGUAGAGUGUAGUGUAGUGUGUGUAGUAGAGUGUAGUGUAGUGUAGUAGAGUGUAGUGUAGAGUAUAGUGUAGAGUGUAGUGUAGUAGAGUGUAGUGUAGUGUAGAGUAUAGUGUAGAGUAUAGUGUAGAGUGUAGUGUAGUGUAGUGUAGAGUAUAGUGUAGAGUGUAGUGUAGUGUGUGUAGUAGAGUGAAGUGUAGUGUAGUAGAGUGUAGUGUAGUGUAGAGUAUAGUGUAGAGUGUAGUGUGUAGUGUAGUGUAGAGUGUAGUGUAGAGUAUAGUGUAGAGUGUAGUGUGUGCAGUAGAGUAUAGUGUAGUGUAGUGUAGUAGAGUGUAGUGUAGUGUAGAGUAUAGUGUAGAGUGUAGUGUGUGUAGUAGAGUAGAGUGUAGUGUAGUGUGUGUAGUAGAGUAGUGUAGUGUAGUGUAUAGUGUAGUGUAGAGUAUAGUGUAGAGUAUAGUGUAGAGUAUAGUGUAGAGUGUAGUGUAGUGUGUGUAGUAGAGUGUAGUGUAGUAGAGUGUAGUGUAGUGUAGAGUGUAGUGUAGAGUGUAGUGUAGAGUGUAGUGUAGUGUAGAGUAUAGUGUAGAGUGUAGUGUAGUAGAGUGUAGUGUAGUGUAGAGUAUAGUGUAGAGUGUAGUGUAGUGUGUGUAGUAGAGUAGAGUGUAGUGUAGAGUGUAGUGUAGAGUGUAGUGUAGAGUGUAGUGUAGAGUGUAGUGUAGUGUGUGUAGUAGAGUGUAGUGUAGAGUAUAGUGUAGAGUGUAGUGUAGAGUAUAGUGUAGAGUGUAGUGUGUGUAGUAGAGUAGAGUGUAGUGUAGUGUAGUGUGUGUAGUAGAGUAGAGUGUAGUGUAGUGUAGUGUGUGUAGUAGAGUAGAGUGUAGUGUAGAGUAUAGUGUAGAGUGUAGUGUAGAGUAAAGUGUAGUGUAGUAGAGUGUAGUGUAGAGUAUAGUGUAGAGUGUAGUGUAGUGUGUGUAGUAGAGUAGAGUGUAGUGUAGUGUAUAGUGUAGUGUAGAGUAUAGUGUAGAGUGUAGUGUAGAGUAUAGUGUAGAGUGUAGUGUAGUGUGUGUAGUAGAGUAGAGUGUAGUGUAGUAGAGUAAAGUGUAGUGUAGUAGAGUGUAGUGUAGUGUAGAGUAUAGUGUAGAGUGUAGUGUAGUGUGUGUAGUAGAGUAGAGUGUAGUGUAGUGUAGUGUGUGUAGUAGAGUGUAGUGUAGAGUAUAGUGUAGAGUGUAGUGUGUGUAGUAGAGUAGAGUGUAGUGUAGUGUAGUGUGUGUAGUAGAGUAGAGUGUAGUGUAGUGUAGUGUGUGUAGUAGAGUAGAGUGUAGUGUAGAGUAUAGUGUAGAGUGUAGUGUAGAGUAUAGUGUAGAGUGUAGUGUAGUGUAGUGUAUAGUAUAGUGUAGAGUGUAGUGUAGUAGAGUGUAGUGUAGUGUAGAGUAUAGUGUAGAGUAGAGUGUAGUGUAGUGUAGUAGAGUGUAGUGUAGUGUAGAGUAUAGUAUAGUGUAGAGUGUAGUGUAGUGUAUA